AUGUACACACCAACUCUCAUCUCCACCCUCGCGCUCGUCGCAACCGUCGCAGCUGCUCCAAGCAACACGCUCGACAGUCUCGCCCCAACUGCGUAUUUCGCCGGCGACUCGACAAUGGCGAACGGAAACAACGUCAUAACCGGCUGGGGCGCCUUCACAUCCUACAGCCUAACCAUCCCCUCUGUCAACAAAGCCAUCGGCGGCCGCUCCUCCCGUUCCUACACCGUCGAAGGCCGCUUCGACGAAAUCGCCAACCUGCUCAAACCCGGCGACAUCGUAACCAUGGAAUUCGGGCACAACGACGGCGGCGGUCUAGGCAGCUCCGACAACGGGCGCUCCGUAUGCCCGGGUACCGGAAAUGAAAUCUGCAAUUCCACCUACAACGGCCAAAAAGUCCAGGUGCGAACGUACAAUUGGUACUUGACGGAGGCGGGCAAGAAGUUUAUUGCAAAGGGAGCCAAGGUAAUUGUAAGUUCGCAGACGCCGAAUAAUCCGUGGGAGACGGGUAGCUUUCAGUAUACGGAUGGAGGACGGUUUGUGGGUUAUGCGAGGGAUGUGGCAAAGGCGUUGGGGAGCAAUGCCAUGUUUGUGGAUCAUGGAAAGUAUACGGCGAAUAUGUACAAGGGGCUCGGCAAGGCGGGCACGGAUGCGUUGUUUGUGGCUGGAGACCAUACGCAUACGAAUGCAAAGGGUGCGGAUGCUGUGGCCAAGGCGUUCUUCAAGGCGGUGCAGUGUGCUGGGGGAGGCUUCUUCCAGGGUUCCAUUAGGAAUGCUACGGCUUCGAUCCCGGGGACUUGCUUGUAA